AUGGAGAAAAUCUCUGUGUUCAUCACCGGAAUAAAACUCCUGUUUGAAGCGCUUUUCACCACGGCUGGGAAGGUGGUCGUAACCCUCCUCCUUGGCAUUGCAGGGAUAAUUCUGCCUUCGGUCACAUCUGCGGUGUAUUUUGUCAUCUUUCUGUGGCUGUGCUCGUGGUGGGCGUGUAACCGCAGUGUUAGUCUUGUGCUCUUCAGCAGCCUCUGUGUCUUGGCUGCCAUCUUCAGUGCUGGCCACUUGACUGCCAUUUACCUCUAUCAGUUGCCAUACUUCCAGGAACUUAUCCCCCCUAAUGAUUUAUUCUCCAGGCUUUUUGGAAUGACAGCCAUCGUUCGAACCAAUGGCACAGAACUGUGGGUCGUCUGUCUUCAUCAAAACUUGCACUGGCCAGAUUUUCUGAAUCCCUUUAUCUUGCUCAUCCUGUAUUAUACACUGGUCAUGCUCCUUCAUCAGUGGGGUCCAAUGCCGAUGGAGGAAGCUGAGGACAACAACAUUGAGCUCUCCAAAGAGAAGCUUGAAAUGGACGGGAUGCUGUGGGUCACAAAUGCUGAAAUGAUUCAAUCAGAAUACGUAUCACAUAAUGGCUGGCAGGAGCUUCCAUUACUAAAGUGUGAGCUCCAUCAGGGGCAUAGUGAUUUCACCGUGCCGAUUUACAGUGAGGAAAAGGACAUUUCUGAAGGAUCAGAAGCUGAGGAAUCAGUGGAAGUCCUGGAGACGGAUCAGAAGCCCAGUGGACUGGCUGUGCUGGGGCAGUUUAUCAUGCGGCAGAGUUAUGUCAGCGCUUUAAUUGUCAUGAUGAACUUCUUUGUGGGACUUAAGCUGUCUCAGGAUGAGCUUUUCCCAGGAAUCCCCACCUCUGUGCUUAUUGACUUUGAUCUGAAGCCAUACCCCAUGCCGUGCAUUCACCUGGGGAUCAAGAUAUUCUAUGCCUUUACCUUCUGGAUCCUGUUAAGGCAAAACCUAAAGGAACGACAGCAGCUUCUGGAAGAUGGUGAAGAGGAUCUGAAAGAAGUUACCGUGGAAGAAAGUGAUACUCAGCAGCCUUCAAACGCUUUCGUGGAAAUGGUGGGCUCCCUGGUGCGUGGCACCCUUGUGAAGUACUGGAUUUACUUUUGUGGCAUCAUGUUUUUUGUCGUCAGUUUCAGAGGCAAAGUGAUGGUCUACAAGAUUCUUUACAUUGUGCUGUUCCUGUUCUGCGUUUGUUUGUACAAAAUUCACUAUGAGUGGUGGAGAAAGGUCUUGAAAUAUUUCUGGGUUACGGUCGUCUCGUACUCUAUGGUAGUUCUCAUAGCUGUCUAUGUCUAUCAGUUCAAGACCAUCUCGGGAUUUUUCCUCCAGAUUCUUGGAAUGUCCGAGGAAGGCCUGAAGGACCUGGGAUUGGAGCAGUACAGCACCGUGGAGCUGUUUGCUGGGAUUCUCCUGCCGUCAACCUUCCUGCUGGCUUGUAUUCUGCAGGUUUAUUACUUUAACGAUGACUUUCUGAAACUCACUGAUCUCAAUAACAUCCCAAUUAACCAAGAAGGCGUCUCAGACAGUGCGAAAAAGAUGGAAAGCCGUGUCCUAAUUCUGGCCAGCAUAAUUAAAGAAAAUAUUGGAAGCCUUCAGAAAAAGUUGGAUGCUGACCGCCAAACCAGCGCUAGUCAGAGCACAUUGGAAAAAAUAGACAAUAUUACUGCAGACGGAGACGGGAAAAAGGACAGUCAGUCAUCUGCUGAAUUGUCAAACAAAAGUUCUGCUACCCUGGACACAGAGGUGGAGAACCCGUGGAUUCUGGUGAUAGACAAGUUAAUGUCCAUACUGCUCAGCACAUUGAGACUUAUCCAUAAUAUCCAAGUGCUGAUAUGGAGACUCUUGGAGCUGCACAUUAUUAAGAUUGUAUCCACCAUCAUCAUCUGGAUCACACUUCAAGAGGUGUCACUGAUGAACUGUCUAUUCUACAUCCCCUGGGUGUUUGCUCUGCCAUACUCUCACCUCCGGCCAUAUGCUUCCAGCAUCUCCACCGUCUGGUCCUGUUUCAUGGUCAUCUGUAAAAUGAUGUAUCAACUGAAAUUCGUCAAACCCCUUGAUUAUUCCUCAAAUUGCACAGAGGGCCUGUAUCACAAUGGAAGCCUGUACAGUUCAGUGACAGAUGAGCUACUCCAGAAGUCUGUACUAUACACGUCUCCUGUGGACCCUGCAUUGUGGUGUGGUGGUCUCAGGAAGUGCACCGACAGCGUCUUACCCUGUCUCCAGAAUCAUCUAACUAUCCUGGCAAUUAUGGCCAUUGAGGCCACUGUUUACCGUCACCAGCUGUAUUAUCGUGUCCAUAACAAGCUCUCCGCUCCCAUCACUGGCAGCAUCUUUGAUAAGAUCACCCGAAGGCACCUAGAUGAUGGACUGCUGCAAUGUAUCAAGUAUUUUGUCAAUUAUUUCUUCUACAAGUUUGGACUGGAGGUCAGUUUUGUGAUAUCUGUGAAUGUCAUAGGACAGCGGAUGGAUUUUUACGCAGUGCUUCACUCUUGCUGGCUAAUGUACUUACUGUACCUGCGCCGACGAAAGACCAUUGCCGAAGUCUGGCCGAAGUACUGCUGUUUCAUAGCCAGUAUCAUGACUUUACAGUAUGUGUUGUGUAUUGGAAUCCCCCCUGCGUUCUGCACAGAUUAUCCAUGGAGGACAUUAUCUCCAGCGAUCCGAUCCAACCUUAUUAAGUGGCUUUAUCUGCCGGACUUUGCUCGGAGACCGGAUCCUAAGUUUCUGCUCUAUGACUUCCUGCUGCUGCUUUCGGCCUCUCUGCAGUGGCAGGUGUUCGAGGAUGAGAACUUGACGUGUGUCAGGAUGGUAGCAGGGGAUAAUAUAGAGAUCAGCAGAGACCUGGAUCCAGGGGAUCUGAGUCAGUACAGCCCAGUACCAAACUUCAUCCACUGCCGAUCUUACUUGGACAUGGCCAAGGUAGUUGCGUUCAGUUUCCACUUUUGGUUUGUUUUGUCUCUGAUCUUCAUCACGGGGACAACUCGAAUUAAUAUUCUGUGCAUGGGAUACCUGAUGGCUUGCUUCCACUUCAUGCUGUUUGGCGGCAGUCUUCUCCUGAAACCUGUCCGCCAUUUGCUGAAGUUGUGGGAUUAUCUCAUUGCUUACACUUCCUUCGUAAUAACCAUGAAAAACAUUCUAUCGAUUGGGUCGUGUGCUUAUCUGGAUAAACUAAUGAAGAAUAACUGCUGGCUCAUCCAGACUUUCAGCAUGUUCUGUACAAUAAAGGGAUAUGAUCUGACUAUUCCUUCCGAGGAAGACUGCGAGCUGCCGAAGAAUGAGGCAGGGAUUGUGUGGGACGCCAUCUGCUUCACUUUCCUUCUCAUCCAACGCCGCAUCUUCACCAGCUAUUACUUCCUCUACAUGGUGGCUGAUUUGAAGGCGUCUAAACUCCUGGCUUCCAGGGGAGCCGAGCUGUUCGAAGAGAAAAUCAAAAAGGUGGUGGCUGCCCGUCUAGAAGAAGAGCAGAAAUGUGCCCAGGCCAUGAAGAAACAGAUGGAGCAGAUUAAAUUAAAACAGAAGGCACCAAAAGAAGGCACCAAAAGUAGUGAAGAGAAUACUGGGGAAGGCACCUCGGAAUUGGCCAUAAAGGAUAAAGAUGAUGGUGAUAAAAAAGAUAAAGAUGGGAAGAAAAAAUGGUAUCAGCCGUGGGUUACCCACACAUCAAUGGUCCGCAGCGGGAGCUACAGCCUGUUUGACACAGACAGUGAGGAUGAAGAGGAGGAGACUCGUGAGGAGAAGAGGGAGGAAGAGCCUCCGAAGAAGAAAACCGCGUUCCAGCUGGCUUAUGAAGCGUGGACUAUAAGCUCCAAAUCUGCUCUGAAACUACGAAAAAAUGAUGAGAAUACCUUCCGAGAGCAGAGUCGCAAGGAGGGCGACAGAUUGCAAGUGGAAGUGGGACAUGAUGACUCUACACGUGAUCAAACUCUGACAGGAAGCAAAGAGGAUAAUGCUGAAGGUCCAGAAAAUAGUAUUCAGAGGAUCAUCAACAUAGUCAAGUUUUCCUGGGUCUUCAUACAAGCUCUCGCCGAUGACACCAUAGAAACACUAAACUCUUUCUGCAAAAACAGUGUGGAUAUCGCAACGGUCUUAAGAAUGGAACGAUGUAUGCUCCAAAGAAAUCUUGACAAGGGAAAAGAAGCCUCCCAGGAGUGCAUUACUGAAUAUUAUAAAACCAAACAGAUCUCUCGAACACAAACAUUGUCCAGUGAGGAGAAUGAGGAGCCCGUCAGUCUGGCCAGAGAGGACAUUCUCCAGUCCAGGAGGUUGGAAAUUAAUAAAAUACUCAGUGUGGAGUCUCACUAUUCCCAGGACAGCUUUCUGUCUAGCUGUCCUACCGAAGAUAUGGUUCUGUCCUGCGAAGAUCUUGCUGAACCUGUAGAGAGCACUAGAAUCCGGAGACCCUGCCGCAUGCUGGCCUUUGAUACUACCUCGGAUGAUAGUUUGGAUUUGAGUCGUGACCCUGAUGAAGGCGAGGAAACAAAUGAUGAUGAGGAGCUUGAAGAUAACAGAGAUGUAACUGAGGAAACGAGGACUGACAUCCCACCUUCAUACAGCACUGUGGUCCUCAAAGAGGAGCUGCAGACGUCCAAAUCCGAGGGGGUCUCCCAUGAGCUGGAUGAAAGUGGCAGGCCACUGGUAGAGGUCCCUGCAUUGUUAACUGCCAGCGAACUUCUGCUCAACAACAUGUACUAUGACGAGGAGCUGGAUCAAUCAGAAAGGUUUUACCAAACUCUGCCACGCCCCCUGCGCCUUUGCUUCGCCCUCUAUAACACUGUUGUGUCCAAGUCUGAAAUGCUUUGCUACUUUGUUAUCAUCCUUAAUCACAUGGUUUCAGCUUCAAUCUUGUCACUGAUUCUGCCAAUCCUAAUCUUCCUCUGGGCCAUGUUGUCUGUGCCACGACCCACCAAGCGCUUCUGGAUGACCGCCAUUAUCUAUACAGAGAUUACUGUUGUCAUCAAGUAUUCCUUCCAGUUCGGAUUCUUUCCAUGGACCUCCACUGUGUACCGUAGUAUGAACGCUGACAAGCCGUUCCAGCUCCCCAAUAUUAUUGGCAUUGAAAAGAAAGAUGGCUACGUACAUUUCGACCUGGUCCAGCUUCUGGCUUUGUUCCUGCACAGGUCCAUCCUUAAAUGCCAUGGUCUGUGGGACGACAAGGAAGUCUGUUUGCCAGAGUCUAAAAAGAAGAAAAAAUCCCGGAAGCAGAGAAAACGAGGGAGCAAGGGCGAAGACGACACAGCCUCCGGGAUUGCACCUUGGAAACUGUUCACCCACCAACAUUCUUCCAAAAACGUGUUCAGGAAAAGAAGGAUUUGGAACAAACAGGAUAUUGAAGGGAAUACCCAGAAGAAGGAAUCAAAGAGGUGGAAUUGGUUCAGACGGAAUCCUAAAAAGAGACGGCUGACGUUGAAAGAGUUCCUCAAGCAACAGUGGAUAAAAGCCAAAAAGAUGGCGGUGAAAAUAGCGCUGCAGAUUUACCUGCCCAUCAGACAGUUUUUCUAUGACAUCAUACAUCCAGAGUACAGUCCGGUGUGCGAUGUUUACGCCAUCAUGUUCCUGGUCGAUGUCAUCAAUUUCAUCAUUGUCAUCUUUGGAUACUGGGCAUUUGGGAAACAUUCGGCUGCUGCAGAUAUCACAGAGUCUCUGUCCGAGGACCAGGUGCCAGAAGCUUUCCUAGUAAUGCUUCUCCUGCAGUUUGCCACCAUGAUUGUGGAUAGGGCCAUCUACCUGCGCAAAACCAUGUUUGGAAAGUGCGUUUUCCAGGUGGUGCUUGUCUUUGGGAUUCACUUCUGGAUGUUUUUCAUCCUUCCUGGGGUCACCGAGAGGAGGUUUAACACAAACCAGAUUGCCCAGCUGUGGUACUUUGUGAAAUGCGUUUACUUUGGGCUCUCUGCUUACCAGAUUAAGUGUGGCUACCCGAACCGAGUCCUGGGCAACUUCUUGACCAAGAGCUACAAUUGCAUCAACCUCUUUCUUUUCCAGGGGUUCCGCAUGGUGCCCUUCUUAACAGAGAUGCGAGCUGUGAUGGAUUGGAUUUGGACAGACACCACCCUCAGCUUGUCCAGCUGGAUCUGCGUGGAAGACAUAUACGCCAAUAUCUUCAUCAUGAAGUGCUGGAGGGAGUCCGAGAAGAAAUACCCGGAGCCACCCGGGCAGAAAAAAAAGAAAAUUGUAAAGUACGGGAUGGGAGGAGUGAUUAUUUUUGCCCUUAUUUGCAUUGUCUGGUUUCCAUUACUCUUUAUGUCAUUGGUGAAAUCCGUGGCCGGGGUGACUAACCAACCAUUAGAUGUCUCCAUUCAGAUCAGCAUCAGUGGAUAUGAGCCUUUAUUCACCAUGAGUGCUCAGCAACAGAACCUAGCCCCGUACUCGCAGGUUGCGUACGAUGAGCUGACGUACAGAUACGCCCUCCACCCUUCUGCAAUGCAGUUUAUAGUGAAUUACAUGCCCGAAGAUAUUGUUACAGCAAAGAUAAAAAGCAACGCCAGCCUUUUAUGGACCAUUAGCCCUGCAAGUCGUGAGGCCAUGAUAGAAGAAUUGUCUGAUUCAAAGCAGAUCUAUGUCAAUAUAUACUGGACCAUUCUCAGGAACGCAUCCAUUGUGAAGAGUGCAGAGACCUCUGGGAAAUACUCUGUGUGUUAUGAAGAUGCAGAGACUAGAGAUUCCAUCGUACAGAUGUUGCGAGGGGAGCGGCAGGAGCCACUGAUGCUGCAGAAUAUCUUACCUAAACACCUGAGAGCAGGCGGCGGACCAGAAGCCAAAAUUGCACACCGGCUGCAAACAGGAGUCUCUGAGAAAGCUGAGGACAUACAGAAAUAUGCAUUCUUCCGCAACCUGACCUUGAAAUUACAACAGAUGUCUGUUAAUUCCUCAUCCAACCAAGUGACGGAGUGGUGGACGGUGCAGGAGUGGAGUCCAGCAUGUGCACCUGCAGGGUGUAGUAAGAACAUCGAGCUGGUCAUAUAUAACGAUAAGGCUAGUCCACAAAGCUUGGGAUUCCUGGCCGGAUAUGGCAUUGUUGGUCUCUAUAUGUCUGUAGUCCUGGUUAUUGGGAAAUUCAUCAGAGAAUUCUUUAACGGGAUUUCCCGCUCCAUCAUGUUUGAAGAGCUGCCCAAUGUAGAUCGUAUCCUAAAGCUUUGUACGGACAUCUUCCUCGUCAGAGAGACUGGAGAUUUGGACCUGGAGGAACAACUCUUUGCAAAACUGAUCUUCCUGUACCGCUCUCCUGAAACCAUGAUCAAAUGGACCAGGGAAAAGGAGGAGCAUUGAGACAAUGAAACAAAAGCCUUCUGAACAUUGGGCACUAAGGUCUAUCCAAUGCUUUCCCAUCUCCACCACAAAAUAGAGAACACUCUUGAAGAAGAUGCCUUCAACUCUGAGUUAAAGACAUGGACCUGGCCUGCAAAGGUGUAUUUAUGCAGCCACAAUCUUUCUUACUGUACAUUAAUAUAACCCAGCUUACACUGAA